AUGGCGCAGCAACGGUGGUGGUGGUGUUUGUUUGUAAUAACGUCGUCGAUUAUUGCCGGCGUUUACGGUGGAGAAGUGACGUACGACGGUAGGUCGCUGAUUAUCAAUGGCGAAAGGAAGAUUCUCUUCUCCGGUUCUAUUCACUAUCCACGAAGCACUCCUGAUAUGUGGCCGUCUAUAAUAUCUAAAGCCAAACAAGGUGGAUUAGACGUCAUACAGACUUAUGUAUUCUGGAACCUUCAUGAGCCCCAACCUGACCAAUAUGAUUUCAGUGGAAGAAGUGACAUUGUAAGAUUUCUCAAAGAAAUACAUUCACAAGGUCUGUUUGUCAGCCUCCGAAUUGGACCCUUCAUUGAAAGCGAAUGGAAUUACGGAGGUCUACCCAUCUGGCUUCGUGAUGUUCCCGGCAUUGUCUUCCGUUCAAAUAACGACCCAUUUAAGUUUUACAUGCAAAAAUUCACAACGAAGAUAGUCAACAUGAUGAAAUCGGAAAGAUUGUUUGCAUCACAGGGAGGUCCAAUUAUACUGUCACAAAUUGAAAACGAAUAUCAGAAUAUAGAAAAGGCUUUUGUUGAAGACGGCCGUCCCUAUGUUCAUUGGGCGUCACAAAUGGCGGUUAGCCAACACACUGGCGUGCCGUGGAUGAUGUGUGCGCAAGACAAUGCCCCUGAUCCUAUGAUCAACACAUGCAAUGGUAGGCAAUGUGGAGAGACAUUUGUAGGACCAAAUUCGCCGUCUAAACCAGCAAUGUGGACAGAAAAUUGGACAACUCGAUAUCAAGUAUUCGGCGGGGAUAUUCGAUCGAGAGUAAGAACUGCAGAGGAUAUUGCUUACCAUACCGCUUUGUUCAUCGCUAAAAAGAAUGGGAGCUUUAUCAAUUACUAUAUGUACCAUGGUGGAACCAAUUUUGGAAGAACAGGCUCUGCUUUUACACCGCCGAGUUAUUACGAUCUAGCUCCUCUUGAUGAAUAUGGUCAAAUUAACCAACCAAAAUGGGGUCAUCUAAAAGAGUUGCACGCUGCAGUGAAGCUCGGUUCACAACCAUUGCUUUCUGGAAAACAAUCUUUGUUAAAGUUAGGUCGAAAACAAGAUGCAUAUAUUUUUCGCCGAAAGCAUGAAUGCAUUGCUUUUCUAGUGAACUCUAAUCGCAAAAAAACUAUGAGAGUCACCUUCAACAAUCUACCAUUUCACUUGCCUCCAUUGUCAAUAAGCAUUUUACCUGACUGUAAGACUGUAGCCUUCAACACAGCAACGGUAAACUCACAACACAGUACAAGAUCAUUCCUUCCAAUAAUCAAGCUUGAUUCAGCUAAAAGAUGGGAACAAUUCAAAGAAACAAUUCCAAUAUUUGACGAAACCUCAUUGAGAUCAAAUACAUUGUUAGACCAAUUGAACACCACGAAGGAUGCUUCCGAUUAUCUUUGGUACACUUUCAGCUUUGAACAAGGUGGUAGUUCAGAUUCUCGAGCACAUCUCAGUGUUGACUCGUUAGGACAUGUUGUACAUGCUUAUGUCAACGGAUUACUUGUAGGUUCUGCACAUGGGACUAAGAUUACAAAUACUAUCUUGACAACUACAAUUUCUUUAAACAGGGGAUUGAAUAACAUCUCAAUAUUAAGUGUUAUGGUUGGAUUGCCGGAUUCUGGCCCAUAUCUAGAGCGUCGGUUUUCUGGGCUUAGAAGAGUCAGGAUUGUAGGGAAGCAGCUUGUACAAGACUUCACCAAUCACUCAUGGGGAAAUCAGGUUGGUUUGGUGGGAGAGAAGCUCAAGGUGUACAGAGAUGAGAAAUCCCAAGGUGUUCAAUGGAAUGCAUUCAAUAGUCCUCAGCCACUCUCAUGGUAUAAGACCAAGUUUGAUGCUCCAGAAGGUAGCGGCCCUGUGGUGCUAAAUCUGGGCUCGAUGGGGAAAGGAGAAGCUUGGAUUAAUGGUCAAAGUAUAGGUCGAUAUUGGAUCUCUUUCCUUUCACCUUUUGGAAACUCUACUCAGACAUGGUACAAUGUUCCUAGAUCUUUCCUCAAGUCUAAGGAUAAUCAGUUGGUUUUAGUAGAUGAAGAAUCUGGGAACCCGCUAGGCAUUUCAAUAGAUACAGUCUCAAUCACAAAAGUAUGUGGGCAUGUGUCAGAUAUUCAUCCUCCAUUUGUUGUUUCAUGGAGGGGACAGAACAAAACCAUUUCGGAUUUUGAUAAACAUCAACAUGGGAGAAGACCCAAGUUUCAUCUUCGAUGUCCUAGUAAGAAGAGGAUUUCUCAGAUUCUGUUUGCAAGCUAUGGAACACCUAAAGGGAAUUGCAAGAAUUUUUCAAUAGGAAGAUGUCAUUUACCAAGUUCCAAAGCCAUUGUGGAGAAGGCUUGUAUAGGGAAAUGGAAAUGUACCGUUCCACAAUCAAAUAAGCUUUUUAAACCCGACCCAUGUUCAGGAGUUUCCAAAUCUUUGUUGGUCCAAGCACGAUGUGAUUGA